GUCGGACCUUUUAUGAAUGCGCACCAAAGAUGGCUACCUCCAGUAGUCGGUCAUGCCUUCAAUAUUUAUUCCAUUUAGCUCACGAUAACCUGGAGUUUAGGUUACCGGAAAUAAGGUCUCUGCUGGCUCUCCGAUCGAAAUCAUUCCACCCUUCUGAAAACUUCAACGAACAGUCUCCUUUCUGGUGCCUGGGCAGUUUGUCAGAGGAGGAUGUACGCAGUGUCAUGGCCAGAUCAGUCUGUGCAAAGUCUGCAUUUGAACUGUGGGGCCAUGGGCGUACGCACAGCGAACUCAGAACAUCCCUCUUGAAUUACCCUUCAGAAAAAAUGAGACCCUACAUGCACAAAGAGUCCACGUACAAAAUUAACAUCGAGUCUUUCAACAAAAGUUUGCUGUUAAAAGACAAAAUCAAAAAGAUUAAUGCUUUGGAUUAUCUUCCCUUUGAAGGCACAGUGUGCCUGACGAACCCUCAGCACAUCUUCUGUUUGUUGGAGGAUUAUGGCACAGACUGCAGAAACAUCCCAGAGCAUCCCAACCACAUCUACUUUGGUAGAUGGAUAGCAGAUGGUCAGCGGGAACUGAUUUGCUCCUUCAGUGUGAAGAAAAGACAUUUCAUCGGAAAUACCAGCAUGAAUGCUGGCCUCUCAUUCAUCAUGGCUAACCAUGCAAAGGUCAAAGAGAAUGACCUCAUCUUUGACCCAUUUGUUGGCACAGGAAGCCUGUUGGUUGCAUGUUCACAUUUUGGAGCUUAUGUUUGUGGAACAGAUAUUGAUUACAACAUAAUUCACGGCAAAGGUCUGUCCAGCCGUAAAAACCAAAAGUGGCGAGGUCCCGAUGAGAACAUCAGAGCAAACUUACGACAAUACGGAACGGAGAAGAUGUACGUGGAUGUGAUGGUGUCUGAUGCGUCCAAGCCAGUGUGGAGGAACACUGCUUUGUUUGAUGCCAUCAUUACUGACCCUCCAUAUGGAAUAAGAGAGUCUACAAGGAAAACAGGUUCCCACAAGAACAUCACUAAACCCCCCAAUGGCACCUACGCAGAGUCUCAUGUACCUGUCUCACAGGUGUACCACCUCAGUGACAUCUUGUCAGAUCUGUUAAACUUCUCUGCCCACCAUCUGCUCAUGGGUGGGAGGCUCGUCUAUUGGCUGCCUGUCUACAAACCUGAAUACUGCGAGGAGAGGAUUCCUGUUCAUCCUUGCCUUCGGCUCAUCAGCAACUGUGAGCAGCCACUGUCCAGCCACACUUCACGACGCCUGAUCACUAUGGAGAAAAUCAAAGAGCCAGAGGAAUUGGACAAUCCUGCAUAUGUGUCAGACGGCCUCUACCAGGGACACAACACCUUCAGAAAGAAAUAUUUCAGUGCACGGAACAAAAAAUCUGGCAAAGAAGAAGAACAAGCUCAGAUGUUGAUGGAAAAUAAAAUUUCUUAAAGGCCUUAAGAAAAACAUUCUUACUUUUUUAGGUUGUCAUUAAGAUUUUAAACAUUUGUUAGUUCAUUUAGAUUAGAAACUAUCUUAAAAUAUAAUGAUGUUGUUGGUUUUUUUUUUACUUUGUGAAUAAAAUCCAUUUAAAAUGCA